AUGAGUGUUUGUAAAUUAUGGAAAGAAUUGGUGCAAAAGGUGAUUAGUGAACAUCUUAAUCUUAUGCAUAAAGAAUGUUGGAAAUUUGGUUUUAGUAAUGAAUCUUCAACCAUUAUUUUUGAUCCUGAUAAUGAAUUAUUUCCACGUCAAUACACUUUGCUUCUUUUAUCAAGUCAAUUGUCAAAGAAAAAAAAUAUCUCAACGAUUGAAUAUCACAAUCUUGACGCAUAUAAUCUUUUGCUAAAUAUCGAAGAAAUAUCUACGGCUAGUGUUCCAGCCAAAUAUGAUGAUUAUAAUAGAUUUUUUUAA